AUGUGCAUUGGAGACAGCGUGAUGAGGUCAGUAGGCGUCUUCAAAGCGGCCAGCAGAUGGGAGAAUAGGACAACAUGGGAUAUGAGGUACAGAAAACUUGGCCCUCCAGCACAGGCUGCAGGACAGGUCAGUUGCCUGAAGACCCCUCAGAGACAGGAUUUGCCCUCAGAGGCGACUGGAAAAACGAUACCAGUCAAGGCACCUCGGACUAGGAUGGCCCGGCUUGGAUGCUUCUUCACCGGAUUUCCUGCGAUGAAGUCGAAUUUGGUUUGGCUUGUUUGGCCUUCUUGA